CAUCAAGUUAUUAUAGUUUAGUGACAGUAGCAAUACCUCACAUUCCACUAUUUCUUGGUGAUGUUAUUAAUCAAAUCCAAUUUACUAAAAUUCGAGGAUGCAUUGUGGCUGAAGAAGCUUUACCAAUAAUACUUUCAGCUGCAUCAUCUUGUCCUAGUUUGAAAUAUUUAAUAAUCGCUGGGAAAGGUGAAGUAAGUGAAGAAUAUCAUGAACGAAUAAAUUCUUUGGGAUUAAUAGUAUCUACCUUUGAAGAGAUUGAAGAGAUCGGAAAACAAUCAAAGAUCGAACACGUUAUUGCUG